AGUAAGCCAAAUGCCUAUGAAUAUCUCUGCCAUCAAACAGAAUAUGAUGACAAAAAAAAAAAAGAAAAACUAAAUAAGAAGCAUCAUGUCAACCCUAAGUUUUCUCUUGAGCUUCAUGUAUGUCUUUGCAUGCAUGUUCAUCUCAAUAAACUCUCACGUAGACCAUUCAAGGCAGGAUAAGAUGAAUGUAGCCCUGUUUGUUUUUGGUGAUUCACUCUACGAUCCUGGCAACAAUAACUACAUCAAUGUGUCUUAUCAUCUUAAGGCAAAUCGCUGGCCCUAUGGAGAAACCUUCUUCAAGUUCCCAACUGGGAGAUUUUGUGACGGUCGCACUCUCCCUGACUUCAUUGCCAUGAAGGCAAAUUUACCCUUAUUGAGACCUUAUCUGCAACCUAGUAGUAGUUGGUCUCGAUUCACUAAUGGAACCAAUUUUGCAUCUGCCGGGGCUGGUGUGUUUCCUGAAAUUCCAGGAGUGAUUAACCUAAAAUUGCAGCUAAGUUACUUUAAAGAAGUGACCCACCUGUUGAGGCAAGAGCUUGGGGAGAAGGAAGCAAAGAAGCUGCUGAGGGAAGCAGUCUAUUUAUCUAGCAUUGGAGGAAAUGACUAUAAUAACUUUUAUGAUAAGCGCCCAAACGGUACCAAAACAGAGCAAGACAUUUAUGUUAAAGCAGUGAUUGGAAACUUAAAAAAUGCGGUCAAGGAAAUCUAUGAAUUGGGAGGAAGAAAAUUUGCCUUCCAAAAUGUAGGACCCACGGGUUGCCUACCAGCAAUAAGACAAAACCAUGAACUGGCUCCCAAUGAGUGCGCCGAAGAACUCUUGACGUUGGAAAGACUUCAUAACAGUGCAUUACUUGAAGCAGCUGAAGAGUUGGAGAUCCACUUACAAGGAUUCAGAUAUUCCGUUUUUGAUGUCUACACUCCGCUUUAUGACAUUAUUAAAAACCCUUCAAAAUAUGGUUAUCUGACAGCAAAUUUUGCAUGUUGUGGUUCUGGGGUAUAUAAUGCAUCUGAUUGUGGAAUAGCACCCUAUGAGUUAUGCAGAAAUCCAAAUGAAUAUGUCUUUUUUGAUGGCUCCCAUCCUACCGAACGUGUCAACUCACAAUUGAUAGAGCUCUUUUGGAAUGGUGAACCCAAGUUCGCAAAACCUUUGAACCUGAAACAACUAUUUGAAGUCGAUUCUGAUAUUACAUUAGACAACUACAAUCUUGUUGAUGAUGAAUAAAACCUUAAAGCAAGGUUUCAAGAUGCGAUAAAAUAUUAUAUGUCUGGAAGGACAAGUGUUCAAUAACUUGUCCACAAACUAUUCGUUUGAUUAGGUUAAUCCCUCCUGUGUAACCAGAAAAAGAAAAUAACGUUGUCUAGAAAGGUGAUGUGUGAACAAUCAUAUUUCUCUUUCAGUUUUAUAUUAUAGUAAUAACACAUGACUUAUCAUGUUGUCUUUAGAAGAAAA